AUGUCUUCAAACAACGGUCCUGUGGUGGAGUCUGCUCGCCACGGUCAACAACAGCCUCCGGGACUCGCUCAUGUCUCAUCAGGGCUGGUCCCGAGUGCCAGUGCAGUGCCAGUGCAGUGCCAGUGCAGUGACACCAGUGCAGUGACACCAGUGCAGUGCCAGUGCAGUGCCAGUGCCAGUGCAGUGCCAGUGCAGAGCCAGUGCAGUGCCAGUGCAGUGCCAGUGCAGUGCCAGUGCAGUGCCAGUGCAGUGACACCAGUGCAGUGA